UGGUGGAGACGGGUACAAAGCUGCCUUUUCUCGUUUCCUGUGUGAGACGGUUAACAUCACUCUGUCCCGAACCGCUCAACACUAGUAUCCAUUUUUUUUCAGAACCAAGAGGGUGAAGCCAAAACCCGGGAGUUAACAUGGCAGGAAAUAAGGACAGUGACGGUGGAUGGAGGAGAUUUCUGUGGAAUUCAGAGAAGGGAGAGUUUCUUGGACGAACUGGAUGCAGUUGGUUUAAAAUCUUUAUGUUCUAUUUGAUUUUCUACGGAUGUUUGGCUGGAAUCUUCAUCGGGACCAUUCAGGCCAUGCUGCUGACACUGAGUAACUACAAGCCCACUUACCAGGACAGAGUUGCUCCCCCAGGUCUGUCACACACCCCGCGCUCUCUAAAAUCAGAAAUCGCCUUCAAUCGGUCUGACAAAUCCACGUAUGAGAAGUAUGUUAAAAGUCUGGAAGAUCUCCUCCAUCCGUACACAGAUGAACUUCAGACCGAGCAGAUGAAAUUUGAAGACUGUGGAGUAACUCCUGACUCGUACAAGGACCGUGGAAGCGCGGAAGCGGAAGCGGGCCAGAGGAUGGCCUGUCGUUUUUACAGGUCUUUGCUGGACAAAUGCUCAGGGGAGAGCGAUGCCUCAUUUGGCUUCAAGGAAGGGAAGCCCUGCCUUAUUGUGAAGCUCAACAGGAUUGUUAACUUCAGACCAAGAGCUCCUGACAACCACUCACUCCCAGAGGCUGUGCAGAACAUCCAAAUGGCCAACGUGAUCCCAAUUCACUGCAAAAACAAGAGAGAAGGGGAGGAGGAUAAAGUUGGGGAGAUCCAGUACUACGGCAUGGGCCAAGGAUUUCCUCUGCAGUACUACCCGUACUACGGCAAGCGGCUGCAUCCGCAGUACCUGCAGCCCCUGGUGGCCAUCCACUUCACCAACGUAACACAGAAUCAGGAGGUUCGCAUCGAGUGCAAAGUAUACGGAGCAAACAUCGACUACAGCGAGAAGGAUCGCUAUCAGGGACGAUUCGAAGUUAAAUUCACCAUCACCUCGUGACCUCAGCUGUGCCAAGCACUCAUUUUAGAAAUAAAUGAAAUAGUAGAGAGAGCGAGCGAGCGAGCGAGAGAGAGAGAGCGCAAAUCCACAGUCAUAUAAACACCACUAGUCUUUUGAACGUUCAUCAUAUACAGGACCUACACUUAAUCUGUGUACUUUACACUAGCUUUUCUGUGUGUGUUUGUCCAGGGUUAGAAUGUAAAUUGCCACGAGUAGCAAUAGCAAAUAUUUAUUCUACUGUAAAUGACGAUAUUCCUUGAGCCAUGGGAUGUGUUCAUUUGUUACUGUAAAAACGCAAUUCCACUACUGAUGUGUAGCAAGCUGUGUUUCUGUAGGCCCUAACUACUUCA